GUUUCAGAAUUUGUUCGUGUAAUUUUGUAAAAGUGCGACGAUAUAGAUAAAAGUGGAAUAACUUGAAAAUCGUCGUGAGUAACCAGUGAAAAGACACUGAGUGUGAAAAUAUGCCAUAGUGGGGUCACUUUAAAUGACGAAAAGCACUGGUGGAUGCCCGAAAUUGGCACGAGUGAAAUACGUGUAAGAUGCAAAGUAACACCAACAAGACUAAGGAAAUGUUUAUCGUCAGGGCUCUGGAGAAGAUUCUUGCCGAUAAAGACAUCCGGAGGUCACAUCACUCACAGUCGCAGCUGAAGAGGGCCUGCGAUGUGGCAUUGGAGGAGAUCAAGCAAGAGUUGAAGGAAUCUGGCCAAGUGGAAAAUUUGGAGAGCGCCCCGUCGGCUGCGCUGCCGCUGCCCAAGAAUGACUCCGCCAACACGAUCAAUGCGGAGAAGUACUUUCUGCCCUUCGAACUGGCGUGUCAGAGCAAGACGCCGCGAAUUGUGGUGACGGCGCUGGAUUGCCUGCAGAAACUCAUUGCCUAUGGACACCUCACGGGAAACAUUCCAGACUCCUCGAAUCCGGGCAAGUUCCUCAUCGAUCGCAUUGUUACGACGAUAUGCAAUUGCUUCAUGGGGCCCCAGACGGACGAAGGGGUGCAGCUGCAGAUCAUCAAGGCCCUUCUCACUGUCGUCACGUCGCAGUAUGUGGAGGUGCACGAGGGCACAGUGCUGCAGGCCGUCCGGACGUGCUAUGACAUCUACCUGUCCAGUAAAAAUCUCAUCAAUCAAACAACUGCGCGCGCUACGCUCACCCAAAUGCUGAACGUGAUCUUCACCCGGAUGGAGCACCAGGCGACCGAGGUUGGGAUGAGCUCGGGCGCCUCGGACAGUGGCAGUGACAUGAAAGCCAUCGGCGAGGAGUUGUCCGUGGAGGAGAUUGCACGAAGUGUGCUUGAUGAGAUCAUAGCUAAUGCAGUGGCGAUGGCUGAGGCCACUGUAAACGGAUCGAGUGGCAACAGUGCCAUUCCCGAGAGUGGCACAAUCGUGAGAAUACCGUCCCAGGAGAGUGUGGAGACCCACAGUGAGAAUGACGCCAUCGUGACGGCAAAGUUCACGCACAUUCUCCAGAAAGAUGCAUUCCUCGUGUUUCGCGCCCUGUGCAAGCUCUCAAUGAAACCAUUGCCUGACGGAACUCCAGAUCCCAAGUCACAUGAGUUGCGCUCCAAAGUCCUCUCGCUGCACCUACUUCUGUCCAUUCUGCAGAACGCCGGGCCGGUGUUUCGCUCCAAUGAGAUGUUCAUCAUGGCUAUUAAGCAGUAUUUGUGCGUGGCACUCUCGAAAAAUGGCGUGAGUUCGGUGCCAGAAGUGUUUGAACUGUCCCUGUCGAUCUUUGUGGCCUUGCUGUCGAACUUCAAGGUGCAUCUGAAGAAGCAAAUCGAGGUGUUCUUCAAGGAGAUCUUCCUCAACAUCCUGGAAACCACAAGUUCCUCCUUUGACCACAAGUGGAUGGUGAUCCAAGCAUUGACGCGCAUCUGUGCCGACGCUCAGAGCGUUGUGGACAUCUACGUAAACUACGACUGUGACUUCUCGGCUGCAAAUCUCUUCGAGAGGCUCGUGAAUGACUUAUCAAAGAUCGCCCAAGGGCGUCAAGCGCUAGAACUGGGCGCCACACCCAACCAGGAGAAGAGCAUGCGAAUUCGAGGUCUGGAGUGUCUUGUGUCCAUACUCAAGUGCAUGGUGGAGUGGAGUAAGGAUUUGUAUGUGAAUCCAAAUCUGCAGACGACUCUGGGAGAGCCGGCGAAAGUUAUUACGGCGAGUGUUGAGGAGCCAAUGGGUUCUCUAAAGUCCCAUGGAGGCUCCAAUCUUAGUUUGAACUCCACGGGCAGCACGAACACGAACGGUGGUGGGAAUCGAGAGGUGUUGGAUUUGCCGGAGGAACUGGAGGAGCGCAAACAACGCAAGGAGAUCAUGGAAAUGGGCAUUGACAUGUUCAACAGGAAGCCGAAGAAGGGAGUGGCUUUCCUGCAGGAGCGUGGCCUUUUGGGAGAUUCUGUAGAGGCGAUAGCGAAGUGGCUUCACGAGGAUGAUCGUCUGGACAAGACAGUGAUUGGCGAUUAUUUGGGUGAGAAUGAUGAUCACUGCAAGAAGGUGAUGUGCGCAUACAUAGACGCGAUGGAUUUUGAUGAGUUGGACAUUGUGGCGGCGCUGAGGCACUUCCUAGAAGGAUUCCGUUUGCCCGGAGAGGCUCAGAAGAUUGACAGAUUGAUGGAGAAAUUUGCCAGUCGUUAUUGUGACUGUAAUCCGAAUAAUACCCUCUUUGCCAGUGCUGACACGGUUUAUGUGCUGGCGUUCAGCGUGAUAAUGCUCACAACGGAUCUGCACUCACCUCAGGUGAAGAACAAGAUGACAAAGGAGCAAUAUAUAAAGCUCAAUAGGGGGAUUAGUGAUUCGAAGGACUUGCCAGAGGAGUAUUUGUCACAGAUAUACGAUGAGAUUGCUGGGCAUGAGAUCAAAAUGAAGAACACGAGUGUUACGAAGCCAGGAGGCAAUCGGCAGAUCAUCAUCAACGAGAAGAAGCGCAAGUUGUUGUGGAAUAUGGAAAUGGAGGCGAUCUCCACCACGGCGAAGAACCUGAUGGAGUCUGUGUCACACUUCAAGUCACCUUUCACGUCGGCCAAGCACUUGGAGCACGUAAGACCCAUGUUCAAGAUGGCUUGGACACCUUUCCUGGCCGCCUUUUCGGUUGGUCUGCAAGAUUGCGAUGACACAGAGAUCGCGAGCCUCUGUCUGGAUGGGAUUCGAUGUGCCAUUCGGAUUGCGUGCAUCUUCCACAUGACUCUGGAGAGGGAUGCGUACGUGCAAGCUCUGGCGCGGUUCACUCUGCUCACGGCCAACUCGCCCAUUACGGAGAUGAAGGCGAAGAACAUUGACACGAUCAAGACGCUGAUCAUGGUGGCACACACAGAUGGCAAUUACCUGGGCAGCAGUUGGCUGGACAUUGUGAAGUGCAUCUCUCAACUGGAGUUGGCGCAGCUGAUUGGCACUGGCGUGAGGCCACAGUAUCUCUCAGGGCCGACAACGCAUCGUGAUGCUCUGGAUCCGAGUGUGAAGGAGCACAUUGGUGAGACGAGCUCCCAGAGUGUCGUUGUGGCCGUCGAUCGCAUCUUCACGGGAUCCAUACGACUGGAUGGUGAUGCUAUUGUGGAUUUUGUUCGCGCACUGUGUCAAGUGUCGAUGGAUGAACUCCACGGACACCAGCCGAGGAUGUUCUCGUUGCAGAAGAUUGUGGAGAUUUCGUACUACAACAUGGGCAGAAUCAGGCUUCAGUGGUCACGCAUAUGGCAAGUGUUGGGUGAUCACUUCAAUGCUGUGGGAUGCAAUACAAAUGAGGAAAUUGCAUUCUUCGCCCUGGACUCGCUGAGGCAGCUAUCGAUGAAGUUUAUUGAGAAAGGGGAGUUCACGAACUUCCGCUUUCAGAAGGAUUUCCUGAGGCCUUUUGAGCACAUCAUGAAGAAGAAUCACUCGCCCGCAAUUAGGGACAUGGUUGUCCGAUGUCUGGCGCAAAUGGUGAACUCACAAGCGCACAAUAUCAAAUCUGGGUGGAAGAACAUCUUCUCGGUGUUCCACUUGGCGGCCGGAGAUCACGAUGAGGGCAUUGUGGAGUUGGCAUUCCAGACAACGGGAAAGAUCAUUACGGACUUGUACCAGCGCCAAUUUCACAUAAUGAUCGACUCAUUCCAGGACGCUGUGAAGUGUUUGUCGGAGUUUGCGUGCAAUGCUCGCUUCCCGGAUACGAGCAUGGAGGCAAUCAGGCUGGUGAGGACGUGCGCUCUCUGUGUGCACAGUGCUCCGCAUCUGUUUGCCGAGCACGCGGGCAUGGAGAAUGAUGUGGCUGUCUCGGAGGAGGACAGAGUGUGGGUGCGCGGAUGGUUUCCGAUGCUCUUCUCCCUGUCGUGUGUGGUGAAUCGAUGCAAGUUGGACGUGAGAACUCGAGGAUUGACCGUGCUGUUCGAGAUUGUGAAGAAUCAUGGAGAUGCCUUCAAAGCCAAUUGGUGGCGGGAUUUGUUCAACAUUCUGUUCCGCAUCUUCGACAACAUGAAGUUGCCAGAACAGCACACGGAGAAGGCAGAGUGGAUGACGACGACGUGCAAUCAUGCCCUGUAUGCGAUUGUGGAUGUCUUCACGCAAUACUUUGACAUCCUCGGGCCGCUGCUCCUGCACGAUCUCUACACGCAAUUGCACUGGUGUGUGCAGCAGAACAAUGAACAACUGGCCAGAUCGGGAACGAAUUGCCUGGAGAAUCUUGUGAUCUCGAAUGGGUUGAAGUUCACCGAGGAGACGUGGGACAGCACUUGCCAGUGCAUGUUGGACAUCUUCAACAACACUCUUCCGUCGGAAUUGCUGACCUGGCGACCUGAUCCCAACUUCGUGGCCUCGAGUGCUGGGAAUCACAAUCGGCACGGCAGCGCGAAUGCGCUGGAGAACGGCGAGGUGAGGCAUGGUAUCCUCAAGAGGGCGAACUCCCAUCAUUCGGUGAUGUACACGGGCCCGGAGGAGAUGAUGGGCAAGGUGGUGGAUCACGGAUCGAAUAGUCUUUUUGCUAGUCUUCAUAUAAAGUGCGUGGUGCAACUGGAGCUGAUCCAGACGAUAGACAAUAUAAUCUUCUUUCCGGCCACGUCGCGGAAGGAGGACGCCGAGACACUGGCUCUGGCCACGGCGGAUCUCACGGGGGGUGUCUCUAGUCACACGGAGUGUCAGCGCGAAGAACAGGGGAUGUACAGUUACCUCACGACACCGCAUCUGCUCAAGUUGACCGACUGCCUGAUGCAGAGUCACAGAUUCGCCAAGCAAUUCAACGUGAACACGGAACAGAAGAAUGUGCUGUGGAAGGCGGGCUUCAAGGGGUCCGUGCGGCCUAAUCUGCUGAAGCAGGAGACACAGUCACUGGCGUGCGUCUUGAGGAUAUUCUUCAAGCUGUACAACGAUGAGAAUCGACGCACGGACUGGAUGGAUGUGGAGAGGAGGCUCAUAGCGGUGAGUCAGGAAGCGUUGGAGUACUUUCUUAAUCUCCAGAGCGAAACACACAGAGAAACGUGGACGUCCAUUCUCCUACUCGUCCUCACGCGCCUCCUCAAGAUGCCGGACAAUAGAUUUGCCGCUCACAUAACACAUUAUUAUGCUUUACUGUGUGAGAUUAUGUGCUUUGACUUGAAACCUGAACUCAGAAGUGUCCUUAGGCGAGUUUUCCUGAGAAUUGGGCCUGUCUUCAAUGUCACAACUCCAUAACAUCGCUAAGGAUUAUAUUAUUACACAUAUGUAAUAUUCCAGAGUAGGAUCACUAAAAAGAGAAAAUAGUAAAGACAUUGUGAGAGAGGAGGAAGUACACUAAUUUCAUACAUGAACCUUUUUGCGUAGGUGGAUUUCGUAGACGGAGGAAAAAGAAAUUAAAUGUUUUUAGAAUUGCGAUAGAAGUGAAAUCAAAAUGGAAAAAUUAAAAAUUGUUAUUCGUAUUAUGCAGCAAUCGCAAGUGCUAGUGCUUUCCUUAUAUUUUCUAAUUUAUACUUCAAUUGACAUCUAUUCCACGUGAAGACAUGCAUUCGCAUAAUAAAUUCUUUAUUUAUCCACUUAUUGAGUUAUUGAAUAGUUGCAUAGAUUGAAUACGACGUUAAAAAUUGUCUCUAAACUUUGAUGUUUGUAAAUUGUAAAUGGUAAUGAAAAUAAAUUUUAUUUAAAAAAUACAA